AUGGUGUUAGUUGUACCAGUGGAGAAGAAACUCAUGGAUGUCAAAAUAAAGGAUCUGCCAAACUGGAUACUGACACAAGAUUUCACCCCCAAAGGCACCAUCAGAGCAUUUCAAAGAGGUUACUACCAGUAUGACAACAAGUAUGUCAAUAUAAACAAAGGGAGCACCCUUGGGGUUUCUAUGGUGCUGGCAGCUGACGUGCUUUUCAACUACUGCGUUUCUUACAAGGAACUCAAACAUGAACAGCUACGCAAGAACCACUGA